AUGGUAUCUGCACGAGGAGCGCUACAAAUUCCUUCAUUUAUCAUUACAUUAAUCGGAACGAUUAUCAAUUUUGUAGCAUUAGCAACACCAGCAUGGCAGGUAGUUUAUGUUCGAGAACUGCAACAAUGGAUACAGAGCGGGUUAUGGAUGAAUUGUCAAACGAGACCAUCUGGAAUGCUCUCCUGUACUUAUACAUUCACCAAAACUGAUAUUGAUUUUUACACAAAUCCACAAGUGGUCAGUAUUCGGACACCAGCAUUCUAUGAUUGGCAACAUACUUUGUUGUACAUAUUAUUAUUUGGCCAAUUUUUGGCUCUUUUCGCAAUGAUUUGCUUUUGUUAUUCACAAUCAACUGAUGUUAGCAAAAAUGCUCAAUUUUUGUUUACAAUUACAAUUGGCCUUUCUGCAUUAAUCAAUAUUGGCUGUAAUGUAACAUUUCAAAUAUUUGCUCACAUGCUCGAAUAUAGGUUCUAUCAUGUUAGCGUUAGUGGCAUUUAUGAGAAACACGUUGGUUAUUCAUAUUUUUUGCAUCUUAUCGAUUCAGUCUUACUAGUAUUAUCUUUUCUGUUUUCAUUAGCCUAUACAAUAAUGCUUUACCGAUCUGCCGAAAAUAACAUUCCAAUACGGUUGACAAGUCGAAAUACUUUCUCAUCAAAUCAGAUUUGUCAACAUCGUCAUCCUCAAGAAGAUUUUUUUGCAAUGCGUGCCCUACCUGAACUUCCUAAAAAAUAUCGAGGAAUAACGACAAAAUAA